AUGAAUUUUACAUAUUAAAAUUUUGUUCAUGUACUUUCAAUCUAAACAAAAACAAAAAUAGGAGUCAUUAAAAUACUUAUGAUACUUGAGUUUGUUCAAAAUGUUGCAUUGUGUUUUCCAAAACAUGGGUGGCAGUAACUGAAAUAUAAAGACAAAAUGUUAAGCAGCAUCUAAUAAUUAACUAAUUAUUCACUUUUUAUAGAUAGAAAACAUACUGAAUACUUAUUAGAAGUUUUCAUCAUAUCGCUUUCAUUAAUCUAUUUUAUAAUGCUUAUUAUAUACUUUCAUUUCCCUAAACAACAAAAAAUUUCUUAAUUAAUAAGCAUUACUUUAAAUAUAUUCUAAAAGAUAUUUAGGAUUCCACUAAUAGUAAUUUAUAUUGAUUUUAUGAAUCACUCUUAAUCAGGAUUUGUAGAAAUAAUUAUUACUUUCUUGAUUUUUGCAGUAUUUUUGAUAUUCUUAGCUGCAACUACAUAUUUUUAAAGAGAUAUGGCUAUUAAUUUUAGUAAGUUGUAUUUUCCACUUAAUCGAUAUUAUACACCAUAUUUAUAUGCAAUUUAUAUAUUAGAUUUAAUAAGAAUUUUCAUAUUUGUUGUGAUUGAUACUUAAACUGGAUUUGUCAUAUUUUAUAUGCUAACUAUUAUAACUUAGAUUAUUGCUUAAUAUCAUAAUGUAUAUUAAUAAAAUGAUCCAUAUAAAUUUAAUUAAGGUCUAAUUUCUUGCAAUUUAAUCAUUUCAGUAUUUCUAUUAUUAGGAUUAGGUACUAAAAUAGAUGAAAUUUUAAUUUUUAAUAUAUUACUUUAUAUGAUGACAUUGUUAUUUUAUUUAUCUACAUAAAUUGAUUUAUUUUAAUUUGUUAAAUCAAAUAAUAUACUUCAUAUAAUAGAGAAGAAAAUUAAAUUAAAUUUUAAUCCAUUAUUUUUAAAAUAAGUUACUUAAUACAAAUAGGACUAUGGAUUAUAUCUUAAUUUUAUCAAAUAAAUUAUUGAAAAUGAAAUAAAAGGUAAUCAUUAUUUUUAGAAUGAAAAUAAUGUUUUGAUAUUAUUUGAUUAUUUAACAAAGAAUUAGUAAAGUUACUUUUAAGCUUUAUUUAUUCUCAAUAAAUUUGAGUGCUAAUAAAUGAAAUUAUCCUUUUUUUAUAAGAUUUAUAGUCAAUUAUAUAAAACUUAAAUUUAAUUUGAUAUUAUUCAAGUUAAUAAACCAACUUUAAUGAUAUAAUAAUUAAAUAGAGAUCUUUUAAUAGAAAUAGAAUAUCAAAAGAGAUUUUCUGAUAUUCUUACUAAAUAAAUUGAACUUUUCACUAAUUUAAUAUAGGGUAGCAAAAGCUUUGCUGAAGCAGAAAACAAGAUUAUUUAGGUUUCAUAAUCUAUUUAAAAUACUGAGAGAUGGCUAAUUAAAAAUAAAAUUCUUGAGAAUUACACAAAUAUUAUUUAUAUAAAAAUCUCAAUUAAUUUUAACUCUGUUAUUAUGUAAAAUUAUGGACAAGUAUUUAGAUUAUUAUGUUUAGGCUAUAAAAUUAAAGAAAAUCAUUAAGAAAAUUUUAGAAAGUGAUCAUAAAACAUUAGAAGCCAUUUAGAUAAUGAAAAGUAAAGCCAUAAUGCUUACAGUAAGUAUGAUUAGAUAAAAAGGUUAAAUUUUAAAUGUUAAUAAAUCUAUGUUAUAAUUUUUUGGAUAUAAUACUGAUUUUAAAUUAGAAUUUUUGGAAUAAUUAAUGCCUGAUUCAAUAUCACCAUUACAUAGUUAAUUUAUAGAAAGAUUUCUUUAAAGAAAUUAAUUGAAAACCCAUAAUUUAUAAAAUUCUCUUGAAGUUCUUUAAUAAUAGGAGAAUGAUAAAAUUUAAUGUUUAGAAGUGACUUUUACUGUAAGUAAUAAUAAAUCUGAUUUUAUAUUAAUAUCUUUACUAAAAAAAGUUAAUUAAGAUAAAGGCUAUAUAAUUUUUGAUCCAUCAGGUAAAAUUACAGGUAUGAAUGAUUAUUUAGAGUAAUUUAAUGAAUUACAUUCAUAAAUGAAGCAAUACAAUUAUAUUUAAUAUUUUUCAACAGAAUUAUUUUAUAUCAUUAAUAAUAAUGAAUUCUUAAAUGAAAAAGAAGUUAGCUUCAAUUUAAGGUAGAAUAUUCAUACAAUUGAUAAAUAAUAUAAAAGUUAUAUUUAAUCUUUUAUUAAACUAAAUACUUAUGGUAAUAAUCCUCAUUAAGAUUAUAUAAUUUGUUCAGAUAGAUCAGAGAAGAAUUUUUUAUUAAGUCAUAAGAAUUAUUAUUCUAACAAUGAAACAUAUUAAUUUGACUUUUUAGAGCCACAAUUAUAGGAAAAAUUAAAUUAGAUUAUCAAUUUCAAUAUUGUAAAAUAUUCAAUAUUAUUUUUAGUCAUAAAAUGAUAUGGCAUUGAAAUAUAGAGUAAAGCUAUCAAAAGUUGAAAUAAAAGGCCAAAUAAUUUAGUAUUAAUUAGAGUUGAUUCCAUUAGAAUCAAAAGCAGAAAAUGGAGAAAUUGAAAAAAUUAAUGAUGAAAUUCUAUAAAUAGAAAAUGUGAAAGCUAAAUCAUUAAAUGAUGUUAGUAUAGUUAGUUCAGAAUAAAAAGGAUAAUUUAUCUUACAUGAUAUAUUACUCAAAUAAUCCAGUAGCUAACCAUUUUUUUAGAUUUAUUUUUAUAAAAUAGUAUUAGUGAUUUUAGUUGUAGUAUUUUUAAUAAUACAAGUUAAUUAGUUAGAAAUUGAUUUUAAUACAAAGUUAACAUAUACAGAAUAUAUAUAAUCACCUUAAUUAAUUAAUUAAUUUUAUAAUAGGGCUUUUCAUUAUGGAUUUAAUCAAAUAAUAUAUCAAAAUUUAAACUAAUCAGAAUAUUUAAUAAAUUCAUUUAAUUAAGAGAAAGAAAUGAUUUUAUAAUUACUUCGAUCAGAAUUUGGUAAACUAUAUUAAGAUUUAAUAAAUAUUGAUGAAGACUAAGCAUCACCUUCAUAUAACCUAAUAUUACUUAAAAAUUAGAUAAAUUUUGAAAAUUAUGCAACGUUUUCUUCUGUAAUUAGAGAAAAUACUAUUAGUUUAUUAUCAUAUUAAAAAGAUACAAUAUAAUUUAAUAAAUCAUUAUUGUUUUUCAGAUUAAAUAUAAUAUAAGCAUAUUAAAGUACUAUUUAUCUAAUAGAAAAGUUUACAUCUAUUUUAAAUGAUUACUCUUUAAAUUUUAUGUUAUUUUGGGAAACUGUUUUAAUCAUAUAAAUAAUUUUAUUUAGUGUACCUUUUAUAAUCAAUAUUAAAAAUUGGUAUUAUUUUGAAAAAAGACAUAAAUAUUUGAUAUAAAUUAUUUCAAGAAUUAAUGAAGAUCAAGCAUCUAGAUUAAUAGAGAUUAAAUAAUAAUUAAUAUAGCAUUCAGAAAAUGAAAAAUAACAAAUAAAUAUGAAUUAAUCUUAUUAUACAUGUAAAUCUCCUUUAAGAUUGAUGCAUUCAACAAUAAAUUAAUCUUAUCAAAAUCUUCGAUCUAGAGAUACAUAGUUAUUAUAUGAAAGAAUAUAGAAUAAAUCAAUCAGUAUUGUUCUAAAAUUGGGCAUAGCAUUAUUUUGUUAUAUUGCAUUAGUUGCAUUAGCAUCUUUUGGCUAUUUUUAAAUUAAGACUAGUGAUACUUAAUAUAUGCCAAUAGAAAAUUUAAUUAAGACUUAUGUUAAAUUUUAAGCUCAAUUAGGAUUCUUGUUGUCUUUUGCAUCCAUUUUAAAAGGGCAACAUUUAUUUGAAGAAUCACUUAGUAAAAUAAAUGAUCCUGAAAUUGGAGAUUUUAGAAUUUACUUUGAGGAUGAUGAAGUUCCUAAAUACUUUUAGAAUGUCUCAUAAACAUAUUCAAAAAAAAUAAUAUCUAUAUUUUCAUCAAUAAUAUUAAGUGAUUAAAUAGAUGAAAAUGAUAAAUCACAAUUAUAUGAUCUUUAUAAGGGUGAUUUUUGUGAUUAUUUAAUAGAUAUCUUGCCUUUUUGUAACACAUCUAUAUCUUUUAAUUAAUUUGAAAUGAUUUAUGGUUAAUUUUAUCCUUAUGAGAAUAAUUCAGAAGUUCUAAGAAAAGGUAUAAUUGGAUUUAUUAGUAAUUUGGAUUCAUUAUUUAAAAAUGAUUUCGAGAUAGAAAUAUCUUAAGGUAUUUAUUAAAAUAAUAUAUCUAAUGAAAUCUAUUACUACAAAGAGUUUAAUAAUCUUGUUGUUUAGUAUUUUUUUAAUACUUCAGAAGGAUUUAUAUUAUUUUAUGAUAAGGUAGAUAGUGUAUCAAAAGGUCUUAUAUAAUAAUAGAAAAAUAAUUUAUUAAUUUACUUUUAUUCAUUUGGUUUGACUUUUUUGCUUGUUUAUUUUAUUAUUGCAGUAUUACAAAUCAUUUAAUCACAAAAAAGAUAUAAAAAUUGUGUCUUAGCAUUAGUAACAUUAUCUGAAGAUAUAUUAAAUGACAAAACUAAUCUUAGUCUAUUGAAGAGAUUGAGUAGAUGA